UAUAUAUAUAUAAAGCUUCUAACUGCGUUUGCUAGUUCAGAAAGGAAUCAACGGUUUUAUGAGCUGAAGAACAUGACGAAUAUAGUCGAGUUAGAUGUUCACAUAGACUGUGAAGGUUGCGAAAACCGGGUCAGGAGAACUCUUCAGAAGCUGAAAGGGGUGCAAGAUGUGCAAAUAGACAUGAAGCUUCAGAAAGUGACGGUAACGGGUUGGGCGGAAGAGAAGAAGGUUCUAAAAGCUGCGAGGAAGACGGGAAGAAGAGCGACGUUAUGGCAGUAUCCGUAUAACCCCGAAUCCAACGGAUACCACGACCGUUAUUACAAGAAGAGGUUUAGCCGACACAACAACAUGGCUCGAGACGGCGAACGUGUCAGCUCCUACAACUACUACAAGCAUGGCUACGAUGGUCAUGACCAUGGCUACUACGUCGACCCGCCUUGUAAUUCGGUCAUCGACGAGGCCACUGGUUCCGUUUUCAGCGAGGAGAAUCCCCAUUUUUGCACCAUUGUUUAAUGAUUGUAUGUAUGUGUGUGUGUGUGUGUGUAUGUAUGUAUGUAUGUAUGUAUGUAUGUAUGUAUGUAUGUAUGUAU